AUGAGUCAUAGCGUUGAAAUUCAAAUUAUGGAGAAUCCAUCAUUAUCUUCAGAUUCAGCAGCAUCCGAAGUUGAUGCUCCAAUGUUGAGCCCAAUCUCUAAGAAGAGUUAUUCGCAGAGAAAGCUCGAAUUUCAGGCUGCCUUACAUGAAAUGACAGUGAAUAAGAUGGAUAAUUUAAGAACUGUGAAUAACAAAUCGACUAGACAAUUAACUGACCAAUUGACUUGUGUGCAGAGAGUGGUGAAUAAUUUACCACAGGAUGAUUUGGCUCUCGAAGGUGAAAAGAAGAGAAAGAAACUCACAUCAUCACGUUCUGUCCAGUCCAUGAGAAGUUACUUUAAACCUUAA